ACCCCGCCCUCAGCCUUCGCUACCCGAGCGCGGUCCGCAUUCCCCCAGAGUGGGUGUGGGAGGGAGGCACGGACACCCCGACCGGCCACCGACCCGAGCCAGGAAGCAGAUAGCGAGGCGCCAUGCGUGAGAUCGUGCACAUCCAGGCCGGCCAGUGCGGCAACCAGAUCGGCGCCAAGUUUUGGGAGGUCAUCAGCGAUGAGCAUGGCAUCGACCCCACUGGCAGUUACCAUGGCGACAGCGACCUGCAGCUGGAGAGAAUCAAUGUCUACUACAAUGAAGCCACUGGUAACAAAUACGUACCUCGGGCCAUCCUGGUGGAUCUGGAACCUGGCACGAUGGACUCGGUCCGGUCCGGGCCAUUUGGUCAGAUCUUCAGGCCGGAUAACUUCGUGUUCGGCCAGAGCGGUGCCGGGAAUAACUGGGCAAAGGGCCACUACACAGAGGGAGCUGAGCUGGUGGACUCGGUCCUGGACGUGGUGAGGAAGGAGUCGGAGAGCUGCGACUGUCUCCAGGGCUUCCAGCUGACCCACUCUCUGGGGGGCGGCACGGGCUCGGGGAUGGGCACGCUGCUCAUCAGCAAGAUCCGCGAGGAGUACCCCGACCGCAUCAUGAACACCUUCAGCGUCAUGCCCUCGCCCAAGGUGUCGGACACGGUGGUGGAGCCCUACAACGCCACCCUCUCCGUCCACCAGCUGGUGGAGAACACGGACGAGACCUACUGCAUCGACAACGAGGCCCUCUACGACAUCUGCUUCCGCACCCUGAAACUGACCACCCCCACCUACGGGGACCUCAACCACCUGGUGUCGGCCACCAUGAGCGGCGUCACCACCUGCCUGCGCUUCCCGGGCCAGCUGAACGCGGACCUGCGCAAGCUGGCGGUCAACAUGGUGCCCUUCCCGCGCCUGCACUUCUUCAUGCCCGGCUUCGCGCCCCUCACCAGCCGGGGCAGCCAGCAGUACCGGGCACUGACCGUGCCCGAGCUCACCCAGCAGAUGUUCGACUCCAAGAACAUGAUGGCCGCCUGCGACCCCCGCCACGGCCGCUACCUGACGGUGGCCGCUAUCUUCCGCGGCCGCAUGUCCAUGAAGGAGGUGGACGAGCAGAUGCUGAACGUGCAGAACAAGAACAGCAGCUACUUCGUGGAGUGGAUCCCCAACAACGUGAAGACGGCCGUGUGCGACAUCCCGCCCCGGGGCCUCAAGAUGUCAGCCACCUUCAUCGGCAACAGCACGGCCAUCCAGGAGCUGUUCAAGCGCAUCUCGGAGCAGUUCACGGCCAUGUUCCGGCGCAAAGCCUUCCUGCACUGGUACACGGGCGAGGGCAUGGACGAGAUGGAGUUCACCGAGGCCGAGAGCAACAUGAAUGACCUGGUGUCCGAGUACCAGCAGUACCAGGACGCCACGGCCGACGAGCAGGGCGAGUUCGAGGAGGAGGAGGGCGAGGAUGAGGCGUGAGUGCAGGACUGAAAGCAGGUUAGGGUCAGAUGUAGAAGGAAAGCAAGGGGGAGGGGGGCUUCCUGGUGAAAAUACCCGGGCAGUGGAAAGAAAAAAGCAUGGGCUACUGUAGGUGUGCGGGCCAGUUCUCUGGUGCUUCUCACUGUUGCCUGCCACUUUUCUUUGUGUGUGUGUGACAUUUACAUCGGUGUAACAUUUGAGAUAUUUCUGAACUACUGUUGUAAUGGCUAAAACCACAUAAACAUUUGUGUCUUUAAUGAUGCCCUCUUCUCUUUCUCUUACUUUUUCUCUUUAUUGAGUUCUCCAUUCUCAAUUUAAGUGGAACUUGCAGAACAUCUGACAAUAAAUGCUUCUUUUAACAAAGGGAGAGGUGAAGGCAAAGUUCAAAUGAAUUGACUCUUUCAGCAUGGUAAAGUUGAACCCUCUACAAUCAUGCUGGAUUUAAGAUGGGAAAUCCAUCUAAAUUUCAAAAUUCCUUUAAAUAAGGAUUCUAUUAGUCAGAAGCAUGCCUGCUUCAAAGCACAGUAAGUGUCUUUCCAUGGCAAAAUCAUAUUAUGCAUUUAUUUCCUUUACAAAAACAUCUUUGACUAUUGGUACAUGCACACGUAUACUGAUACACAGAAUAUUGGUACAUACACAAAAUUCUGAAGGGUAGGGGGUGGAAAGUUGAUUUUCCUUUCUCCUAUCCUGUUCUCCCUCCUACACUUUUCCUCCCCGGAAGGCAACAUUCUUAUUGCUAUCUUUCCUGUAUCUUUGCAGAAAUAUUCUGUAUAUUUCCAAAACUAUAUGUUAUUCACUUUUUCCUUGAUACAAAAAACACUGUCCUUUUUUCACUUAACAGUGUGUCUUGAAGAUACAGAGAGCAUCCUCUUUUGAAUGGAUACAUAGUAUCCAUUAUGAGGUUGUAUCAUAUUUUAUCUACCCAUAUUCCUUACCAACAGCCAAUUAGGAUGCUUACAGUUUUCUCCAAUAGGAUGGUGCCAUAAUGGAGCCUUUUGUGCAUACAUCAUUGAGCAUAUGAAAAUAGUUAUCCUGUAAAUCCGUAAGUAGUCUUUUCCAUCCAAGGGUAAAUGAUACCAUGCCUUUUAAAAUUAAUGAAAUUUUUCCUAAAAAUGACCAGAGAUUUAUAAAUAAUUAGUGGACCAAAAUUCUCAAGCAUCUUUUCUUUCCAACAAAAAGGUUUAUAGUACUCUACAAACUGUUUGGGCUGAUGUUCAUCUCAUUUGAGCCUCUAUGGAAUUAGUAAUUCCAGAUUGUUAGACAAUUUUACUUUAAAUAAGCAGGCAAUAAUAAUUUGCACAGUCCAGGUUCACAGGUGUUGCCAUGUGCUUUAUAGAACUUGGCAACUUGCUCAAAGUCACUUAUCCAAGAUAUAACAGAGCUAGGAUUUGAACCCAAGACUGACUAUAGACUUGAACUCAAUCACUAAAGAAGCCAUGGGAUGUCUGUCAAUGAUUUUCUGUUAUGAUUUUAGGCUUCUCCUGGGUAAAUUAUACCUUGUGAAAACA